CCGGGAGUAGGCCCCGCCCCGCGGUGGGAGCGGGCGCUCGCCGGCUAGGCAGCGGGUUCGGCUGCGCGGCGGGGCUGAGGCGGCCGCGGCGGCCGGAGCGCAGGGAGCGGACAUCGGGUUCCUGAGCCUCGGCGCUGAGGACAGCUAAGCCUCGUGCACAGCCCUCUGGACGACAGGGGCCCGGAGCUGAUGGCAGACAAUGUCAGCCACUAACAACAUAGCCCAGGCCCGGAAGCUGGUGGAACAGCUCCGCAUCGAAGCCGGGAUCGAGCGCAUCAAGGUGUCCAAAGCCUCAUCGGAACUCAUGAGCUACUGCGAGCAGCACGCCCGGAAUGACCCCCUGCUGGUCGGAGUCCCCGCGUCCGAGAACCCUUUUAAGGACAAGAAGCCCUGUAUUAUUCUGUAGCGUUGUCCCUCCGUGUGUCCCUGCCUGUGUCUCUCGCUCCGCUAGGGCGUCUGCACCACGCACUCCGGCAACACCUCUCAUGUCCCCAAACCUCCAGUUCCGGAAGGAACGCGAGCCGCUGCCUCCACGGAUGGGGUAAACUCCUCUCCCGGCCCGGCCAGAAGAUGACGCUGGGGCCGCGGCCACUUCCCAUCAGGAGUAACAGAGAUCCCGAGUGACGUGGUAACAAUUUUCGGAAACUCUGGGUUGCCGGGGGGCUGCGGUCCAGAGCCCGGCCGUGCCGCGAGAAGGGAAGAAGGACUGGCCGCUGGCCCCGGGCGCCCCGGCGGGUGGCCAGUCUCACCCGCUGGGCCGUUUGUGAAACACUUGGCCAGGUCCCUGCUGCCUUGCUCUUUUUCUUCUCCUAAGCAGAGGAAAAUUGGGUGGUGGGGGCGGGUCAUGGGAAACUUCUUUGGAAACUGGUCUCCUUUUCAGUUAAGCGAUUGUUAUUCCGCAGCGCUGGGCCCAGAGCUGGGGGGCUGAGCCUGCAGCUGACGGUUGUGUAAAAUGCAUCCAGGGAAUUUAGGGGCCGGGAAGGGGGCUUUGUCUGUGACGUGCACCCCGCGCAGCCCAGUGUCGCCCUGCUGUGUGGCAUGUGUGCGGCCUCUAUACGGCAUGCACCACCCAACAGCCAGGCCGUGGCCCCCCGCCCUUUCCUGGGAUCCCAUCCAUCCCACAAAGGGAUUCUCCGCAACUUGUCCCGCUCACCGGAAUGGCCGGCGGCGUUCCGUCUGGUGUUGAGCACGAAACGUCGACGUGGGCCGUGGUCACACCUGGCUCUCCCGGGUUGUUGUGUCGUGUUGUGUUUUUUUCCACUUUAGCGCAUCGCUAUGGCCAUUUUGCAAACAGAAAUGCAGCCAGAGGAGGCCCUUCCUGGGGGGGCCAAAAGGUGUUAGGUGACCAGAAGGAGCCGCAGGGCCUCACCCAUGUGACUCCUCGCCCUUCCCUUCCCUUCCCUGCAGUGGUUCGUCUUUAGUCCCUUGGCCUCUAGUACGACCCGGGCAGUUGAAGGAGCCGGAGGUACAGGGAGGGCACAGGGCACACCCGUCCCCACACCCCCACCCCCCCGCCCCGCACCAGGACAGGCCUCACCCCAGGGCCUCGUGCCGACCUCCAUGCUCCUGCCCCCACUCAGCCCCCUGCUAGUGCCAAGGCCCAGAUCCCACCAACGCUACGCUCAGGGGGACGGGGGAUGUGUGCACGGGCUGGCGGGUGACUUCCCCCGGUGUGCGGGCUGUAGGCCCGGCCUCGCUCCCCGGCUCCCAGCUCUCUCCGGCCGGUCCGGGAGCACCAGGGGCUUUGGGGAGCCCAGCCUCUCCAAACCUGCGGUUGGAUGGGGAAGCCUUGGCCGCCUUUCACUGGGCAGGGAGCCAGAGGGGGGACUGUCCCCCACAGAGCAGCAAGAGGGAACAAAACCCGUUCCCCCCCCGGGGAGGCCAGGGCGCAGCAGGAUCUACCCAGAGACUGGGGGUGGGGGCGGCUGGCAGGGCGAGGCCUGUCCAGGCCACUUCUGUGCAAGAAGCCUUAAUCCCUGGGGCCCAACCUUCCCCUGCGUCCCCACUGUCCUGGUCUAAUGCUCUGGCCGUGGGGCCCCACCCCAGCGGCCCCCCAGAGAGGCCAGCGGGAGGGGAGGCGAGGUGAAACCCAGGAGCCCGGCUGAGGGCCGAGCGGUUGAACCGAGUCCGGCAGCCACAGCGCCCCGCCCAGCCCUGAAGUGAACCUAGGUCAGAGCCCCCCGGGGCUGAGGGGUCUGAGUAAACUAGGCCCAGAGAGGGUGAGGAUGGGCCGUACCCCCCGCCCCCAUCCUGCCCCAGGAGCCCCAGCCUCGGCCCAGGGAGGUGGCCGUCACAGGAGCCCCACCAUGGGUGUCUUUCUGAGUGAGAAAAACCCUUCCUUUUGCCUUCUCAAGUAAAUCUCCUCCGUGUCUGUAGUGUAGACCUGGAGGGC